AUGCAAUUUACUCUCAACAUGGAGUGUCUUGAAUGGAAAAGUAGGUUCCAGGUCGCAUACGUUCUGAGUAUCAUUAUGAUUCUAUCAUGUCCAAUUAACGAUGGUGCUAAUAUUUUGGUUGUACCUAUCGAAGGUAGUCAUUGGGUCAAUAUGAGAAUUCUAAUCGAAGAGCUGAAACUUCAUGGUCAUGAUAUCAGUGUGCUAUUUUUCUCAACAGCUUGGUACAUCAAAGAAAGGCCAGAUCUAUAUCAAUCCAUUGUGGUUGAAAUGCAAGGAUUCCUUAAACAAAGUUCAAAUGAAGAAUUUAUAGCACAAUUUGUACAAAAUAAACUAAAAGCCAUGAAGAAUGAAUCAACAUUAUGGACUUUCGUGGAGUUCCAAAAUGAUGUGUCAGCAUUUCUGCACAAAUAUCAUAGCUGGGCUCAAAAGUUUAACACUGCAGUUUUUGAAAACAAAACUUUGUUAAAACGACUUGAAAGUGCAAACUUUGACUUAAUACUCACUGAUCCCUUUUUUACAACAGGUGCAAUGCUGGCAUAUUAUUUAAAACUCCCCUUGGUAUAUAAUGUUCGUUUACUUAGCAGUGGAGAUGCUCAUUUUCUAAUUGCCCCAUCACCACUGUCCUAUGUGCCAUUCCUUGGCUCACGAUUGACAGAUAAAAUGAGUUUUCUCCAAAGAACACAAAAUGUCAUCAUAAAUCUUUUUCAACUAUGGAUUACAGAAUUUAUUGUUCACCCAAUUUACAAUGAACUCUGCCAUCGUUAUCUGGGCCCAGACACAGAUGUCAAGACUAUUCUUCUAAGGGCAGAUGUGUGGCUGGUGAGAGUAGAUUUUACAUUUGAAUUCCCGAGACCCACCAUGCCAAAUAUUGUUUAUAUUGGAGGAUUCCAGUGUAAACCAUCCAAACCUCUGGAGACAGAGUUUGAAGAGUUUGUCCAGUCCUCAGGGGAACAUGGGAUUAUUGUCAUGUCAAUGGGGACCAUUGUUGGCUCUUUGCCAAUGCAUAUGACAAUGAAAAUAGCAGAGGCCUUUGCUCAAGUACCUCCGAAAGUUAUCUGGAGACAUGAUGGAAAUAUCCCUCCCAACAUUGGAAAUAAUACACUACUGGCAAAAUGGAUCCCUCAGAAUGAUCUACUCGGGCAUCCCAAAACACGAGCCUUAAUUUGCCAUGGUGGCACCAAUGGAGUUUACGAAGCCAUCUAUCAUGGGGUGCCAGUAGUUGGAAUGCCAUUGCUUUUUGACCAGUUUGAUAAUUUACUCAGACUUGAAAUCCGAGGUGCAGCAAAAGUGAUUAACAUUGCAACCAUGCAGUCAACGGAUCUAUUGCAGGCACUGAAUGAGGUUAUACAUAACACCUCUUAUCGGGAGAAUAUGCAGAAACUCUCUGCUCUCCACAGAGACCAACCCGAGACUCCGAUGGAGAGAGCUAUUUUCUGGAUUGAAUAUGUUGCUCGACACAAAGGGGCAGCACAUUUGCGGUCAGAGUCUUACCGACUCCCCUGGUUCGUUUACUAUUGUGUAGAUGUGAUGACCUUCCUGUUGUCACUGUUCAUUAUGGUUGCAGUGGUGGCAGUCCUACUAUUGAAGAAAAUUUGUAAAAUUGCUUGGAAGAGAAAGCAAAAAACUCACUGA